UUUAAAAAUAAAUAACCAUCAAUACGCAGUUUCAUAGAUAAAAUUUUAUUUUACUGUUCGCUUUUAAUUUCAUUUAAAUUGACUGUGGUUUUACAAAUACGUGAGAAUUAGCCUUCAGAAAUUCCGCAUACCGGAAAGAAAUCACUUUUGAGUAUAUAUUGUUCAUAUAAAUCGAUGUUACUAUGAAUUGAUGCUUACCAAACUACGAUACAGUAAGCACGUGCUUUGUGAAAAUAUAAAUUUCUGUAUCUGUAUAUUUAUAACCUAAAUAUAUGAACAAUAUUUUCGAGGAAUACGAAUAACAUUUCGAUGAAGUUAAAUAGAAUUAAUUGAUUCCAUAAUAGGAUUGAAGUGCAUCUUUCUAAAACAUAGUGGUUAGACGCAUUUUUCGCAUUACAAUGUAUCAGAAACUAAGUUUUGAAGUCGAAUACCUUACUGAGCAACAUCUUACCGGCUUCGAGACUUAUAAAUAUAAUUCAGUGGAUACAAGUCCUCUUAGUGUAUACAUUAUGCAUCCAUUUUGGAAUAAAAUAGUUCAUUACUGUCCAAAAUGGGUUGCUCCAAAUGUAUUAACUUUCUUUGGAUUUCUUUUUACUGUGUUCAACUUUACAUUAUUUGCAUUUUAUGAUUAUUAUUUAUAUGCAUCAAGUGAUGAUAAAUCACAAUAUCCCCCUAUACCAAGAUGGGUUUUUGCCUUAGGUGCAUUCAAUGUAUUUAUGGCAUAUACUCUUGAUGGUAUUGAUGGGAAACAAGCACGACGUACACAGACAUCUGGACCUUUAGGAGAAUUAUUUGAUCACGGAUUAGACAGUUGGACAACAAUGCUUAUUAGUGUUUGUAUGUUUUCUGUCUUUGGACGGACAGAUUUUAGUGUAUCACCAUUAAGAAUGUAUUUCAUCUUAUGGAAUGUGUUUAUCAGUUUCUAUUUGACUCAUUGGGAAAAGUAUAAUACAGGGGUCUUAUUCCUUCCUUGGGGAUAUGAUCUAUCUAUGGUAGGUACUAUUAUUGUUUUUAUCAUAUCUAGUAUAGGUGGACAUAGAACUUGGAAAAUUGUUUUUCCUGGUGGUAUACCAGUGGGAGUGAUGUUUGAAAUAUUACUUUAUGUUACUGCAAUUGUAUCUAGUUUACCUGUGGUGUUGUGGAAUAUAUACAAAUCAUAUAGAGAUAAAACUGGUAAAAUGCGAACAUUUGUAGAUGCUAUAAGACCUUUAUUGCCUUUAGCAGUACUCUUCAUGAUUUCAACAAUUUGGAUAGUCCAUUCACCUAGUAAUAUCAUAGAGAAAGAUCCCAGAAUAAUUUUUUUAGCAAUUGGAACUAUCUUUUCAAAUAUAUGUUGUCGUUUAAUUGUAUCACAAAUGAGCAAUACUAGAUGUGAACUAUUAUCAUGGAUACUACUACCUAUAGCAGUUGCAGCAGUAUUCUCAUUUAUCUUACCUAACAUAGACCUAGUGUUUACAUAUAUUCUUGCCAUUAUAGCUUUAUUAGCACAUAUUCAUUAUGGAACAUGUGUGGUACGUCAAAUGUGUCGUCAUUUUCGUAUUUAUACAUUCCGUAUUAAAGAUCGUACAGACUGACUACUUGCUGACGAUACAUGUUAAAAACGAAGAAAUAUAAACAAACGGUCGGAAAGAGCUACGAACGAGUAAGUAUAGAGCAGAAAGAAAUUUUGAAAUUAUCGAUUAAUAAGAAAAAAAUGCAUUUUGAUUAUAAAUAUGCAAAUACUUAACAGUAGAUAGUAACAGUUCAUUCAAAUAUGUAAUCAUCAUUGAUCAUAUCCAAAAGAAGAAAUAACUGUUAUGUAAUAUUAAUUAUUCAUUUGCAGAGAUAAAUUUAAUCUUAUAUUAUUAUGAUAUAAUUACAUAAUUAUUUUAUGAAUUUUUCUGUUCGUAACUCUGACUGUGCGUAGAAUAUUUAUUUUUACACAUGCGAAGCUUUUAGCUUUGAAUACACAUCAAAUUCUUCGUUUUUAAUAUGUAUUGUCUGAGAAAUCAAAUUAUAAGUCUAACUUGCUCAAUAUUCUCAUGAAAUGAAUAUCUUGUUCUCUGCAGAAAUUUAGAGUUAUUUUAACUCUAAAUUUUUGCAAAGAUCUGUGUGUAAAUUUUUUUAUUUAAAAUAAUUAUUAAAGAAAGAAGUUUUCAUAAUAUAUGAAAACUCUGAGCAAGUUGGAAUAAUAUAAGUUGGAUGGAGAUAAGAGUUAGAUAUAAUGUUGGUAUACAUCUGUAAUAAGAUAUAUGAAAGAGAUUAUUUAUUUUGAGUAAAAAUGCAUGUAUAUGUUAUAUUAUACUUAUAGUAAUCAGUUUUCAAUAAUGAAAUAUUUUUGCAAAUGUACAAAAUUUCGUGUAUUAAUACACGAAUAAUAAAUCAAUAAAUUUUGAGCUAGACUGAAGAAGUCGAGAAUUAAUAAAAUUAAUUAAAAAAUUUGCUUCAUGUUUCUAAAAUGAAAUAAAAAAAUGUAAAUUUUUAACGUGGG